GUAUACUGCCUGCCUGUAAGUGUUAGUUAGCUAGCUAUUUCAAUUCCCUAAGCUUCCAACUUUAAUGUCAUCACACAACUUGCUUCAAAAAUUCUCAAUACUACACUCUCACUCACCCACCGACCCAAAAGUUCCAAAUUCUUGGAAUACACAAAAACCCCAUCUUCAAACUCACACUUCUCAUCACUUUUUCCCAAUUUUAUACUUUUGUUUCUCUGUCACACUCAUAAGGUAUGUUACUUUUUUCAUUUUUUCAGCUAAAUUUGACAAGAAAAUGAGUUUAUCCUAUAUGGGAUUUUUGUUUUCAGUCUUGUAGUGUUGUAUCUUUGAUUAAAAAUGCAUUCUUUAAAAGGGGUUUUCCUGUUUUUGUUUUCAGUCUUGUAAUAUUAUUGUAUUUUUUUAUUAAAAAUGGUUUCUUUAAAAAGGUUGUUCUUGUUUUCAGUCUUGUAAUGUUGUAUCUUUGAAUAAAAAUGGAAUCUUUAAAAGGGUUGUUCUUGUUUUCAGUCUUCAUUGUGUGUUUUCUCAGUUUUUCAUCAAUGAGUUUUGCUUCUUUUACCCCAAUAGACUGUUUCUUGAUUAGCUGUGGGAGUAGUAAAUCUAUACAAGUUGAAGAUGGAAGGGUUUUUGAACCUGAUUUUGGUGAUUCUGAUGUGGGGUUGUCUACAAAUUCACUUAUCACUGUCUCAAAUAAUGAAAAAAACAGUUUGUUGUCUGAACUUCAUAAUUCUGCUAGGGUGUUUACUAAGAGUUCAGUAUAUACCAUUAGUACAAAACAGAUUGGUAGACAUUGGUUAAGGUUGCAUUUUUACCCUGUUAAGAGUAAUCAGCACAACCUAAAAUCAGCUGUUUUUUCUGUUGUGGCAAAUGGGAUUACACUGCUUCAUGAGUUUUCCUUUUCAAGAUUGGGCAAAAAGGAACCUUUGUUAAAGGAAUACGUAGUCGAAAUAGGCGGAUCAAGUAGUAAGUCGAAGAAUUUAGUACUUACAUUGUCUCCAGUUGGUAGCUCAGUUGCAUUUAUCAAUGGAAUAGAAGUUGUUUCUAUGCCUGAGGGUCAAUUUGAUUUCAGUGUUAUCCCAAUUCCAAUGGGGCCUGGUUUUGUUAUUCCGUCCUCGGUUGCGUUAGAGACAGCUUAUAGAGUGAAUAUGGGAGGUCCAAGAUUGACACCAAGAAAUGACACUUUGUGGAGGAUGUGGAAUUCGGAUCAUACGUUUCUUUUUAACCCUAGUAGUGCUCGGAACGUGACCAAGGAUCCGAAAUCAGUUAAGUAUCCAGUGGAUGGAGAGUCGGUUGAUAUUGCCCCGAAUUACAUUUAUGCAACUGCCCAAGAAAUGGCAGAUGCUAAAGUAAUGGAUCAGAAGUUUAACAUUACAUGGGCAUUUCAAGUUGAAAAGGGAUUCACUUACUUUAUUAGGAUGCAUUUCUGUGACAUUGUUAGUGUUUCUCUUAACAAUUUGAUAUUUGAUGUGUACAUCAAUAACCAAACCGCGGUGGAAUCGUUCGAUAUCUCAACCAAGACAAUGGCGUUAUCAGCUGCUUACUUUAUGGAUUUUGUAGUAAAUAUGUCUACGGGCUCAGACAAAAUUUUCAUUCAAGUUGGUCCUUCUAAUUUAAGGACUACUCAAGCCAAUGCAAUUCUAAACGGUUUGGAGAUAAUGAAAAUGAGCAAUCCUAGUAACAGCCUCGACGGAAAAGUUGCCAUAUAUUCCAUCAAUUCCAUAAGAUCAUAUGCUAAGAAACAUGUCAAGCUAGCAAUUUUUGCUACCUUAGGAGGAUUAGCCGGUUUAUUGCUCGUCUCAGCAUCCUGUUUUCUCUGUUUCGUUUGUUUCCGUAAGCCAAAGAUGGUGAAACAAAAAUCUAUGACAUGGCUAAUGGUGAAACAAAAAUCUAUGUCAUGGCUAUCUUUUCCGAAUCAAGUUGAAAUUUCGGAAACAAAAAUCUCGGCAGGUAGUUUUGCAUCAAUGACACCUUCACGGACUUUUGGGCGGAUUUUCGCCUUCGCCGAGAUUCGUGAAGCUACUAAGGACUUUGACGAGAGCUUGGUCAUUGGCGUUGGUGGCUUUGGCAAAGUUUAUAAAGGAGUGCUCGAAGACGGGGUUAUGGUUGCUGUAAAACGGGGAAAUGGAAAAUCUCAACAAGGGCUCGUGGAGUUCAGAACAGAAAUUGAGAUGCUAUCCAAGCUACGCCAUAGACACCUUGUUUCUUUAAUCGGUUAUUGUGAGGAGCUUAAUGAGAUGAUCCUUGUAUAUGAAUUCAUGGCAGGCGGGCCCCUCAGAAAGCACUUAUACGGAUCGGAUUUUCCUCAUCUUUCUUGGAAACAAAGACUAGAAAUAUGCAUUGGAGCUGCGAAAGGAUUGCAUUAUCUUCACACGGGGGCAUCCGAGUGCAUCAUCCACCGGGAUGUCAAGACUACUAACAUUUUGUUAGAUGAGAAUCUCACUGCAAAAGUGGCUGAUUUUGGUUUAUCGAAAUUUGGCCCCGCAUUAGAUCAAACUCACGUGAGCACUGCCGUGAAGGGAAGUUUUGGUUACCUCGAUCCGGAGUAUUAUCGUAGGCAGCAACUGACAGAGAAGUCUGAUGUGUACUCUUUCGGAGUAGUACUCAUGGAAGUUCUAUGUGCUCGGUCAGCAAUCAAUCCUUCUCUCCCACGAGAACAAGUAAACAUAGCAGAGUGGGCAAUGCAUUGGCAAAAGAAAGGCCAGUUGGAGCAGAUAAUCGAUCCAUAUCUUGUAGGAAAAGUGAGCAUUGAUUCACUUAGGAAAUAUGGUGAAACCGCGGAGAAGUGUUUGGCUGAAUACGGUUGUGAGAGGCCAUCGAUGGGAGACGUUCUUUGGAAUCUUGAAUACGCUCUUCACUUGCAAGCGGCUGCCAGACAAUCUUUAGAGGAAGAGAACAGCAAUAUCAUACCGGAUAUACCUUACUCAAUUCCCCGUGUUGAGUCGGGCGAGGCUGACGAAAUCGACAUUGUUAGCCAUGGAGAAUCAGAUAUAACAACUUCAUCUGGAGUUUUCUCUCAGCUAAUGAAUCCAAAGGGAAGAUAAAGAAGAAGAAGCUUGUGUUUAUGCAAGAAAGAAAUUGUGGUUAUAGUUUUCUUUUUCAUACUCUAAGUAGAUUUAUACCUUACAUUAUCAAUCUCAGGAUGAACAUUCCUUUGAUGCAUAUUUAGGUAUGGCUUACACAGCUUACAUUAUGAAUCAAUUGUAGUACAGUAAUGUUUUUAUUGUAAUUGUCAUUUGAUAUCUUAAUUUUCUUC